AACCCACGUCACUAAUUAAGGAUCCAAAAUGUUUGGUUUUUUCGUAUCUAUAAAAGAGACUCUUCCAAGCAUAAUCAAAGUGAAUAAAACUUUCCUAUUUUCAUAUGGGAAAUUAUGGUAAUUGUGAACCAAAUUGAUUUCAUAGAUGAUGCUUAAACGAAUGGAUUCUGAUCAUCAAAGAAAGCCUUCAGAAAAUUUAGUUCAUUCUCGAUUCUUUCUUUCUGGAUUUUAUUGUUGGGAUUGGGAAUUCUUAACUGCUCUUCUUCUUUUUAGUUGCUCUUACUAGACAAAGAUUUUCUUAAGUUAGUUUUAAUUUUAAUUUUUUGUUUUGAGAAUAUUAUUACUAGUGGUUAUUAAUUAGAGAAGAUUAGUUGAAGGGUAGAUCGGGAAAAUCAAAAUAUGUCGCAACGGUCGGUGCCAGCGCCGUUUUUGACAAAGACGUAUAAUAUGGUGGAUGAUUUUGCGACGGAUGAUGUGAUAUCUUGGAGUGAAAAUGGUGCAAGUUUUGUUGUGUGGAAACAUGCGGAUUUUGCAAGGGAUUUGCUACCAAAAUAUUUUAAGCACAAUAAUUUCUCUAGCUUUGUUCGCCAGCUCAACACUUAUGGAUUCCGAAAAGUUGUGCCAGACAAAUGGGAAUUCGCAAACGAAAAUUUCAAGCAAGGCCAAAAACACCUCCUCAUCGAUAUCAAACGCCGCAAAACCAUACCCCAACCGUUAUCACAACCUCUAGAAACCGAAAAAACCAACGCCGACAACUCCUCUCCAUCAAACUCCGCCAACGACGGAGCAGGAUCCACCUCCAGCUCAACCUCUUCCCCUGAUUCAAAAAACCCGGGAUCAAUCGAAACAACACUUCCCCAUAGCGUCAAUUUAUCGAGCGAGAACGAGAAAUUGAAAAAGGAUAACGAAAUAUUGAGUAACGAAUUGGCUCGUGCGAAGAAACAGUGCGAUGAGUUGGUGACAUUUCUAAAAAACGGUUUAAAUGUAGGACCGGAUCAAAUAGAUCGCAUUAUGAAGCCACAAGGAAACUAUGAAUCUGUUCAAAAUGCGGUUGGUGAAGGUGAAGAAAAUGGAAGAGAUUGUUUGAAAUUGUUUGGUGUUUGGUUGAAAGGAGAAGAUUAUUCAAAGAAAAGAAAGAAUAACAUGAGAGAUUGUGAAGACCAAUUGGGCUUUGGUGGGGCUAAGGCUAAAGUGAUGAACAACAAUGUUGUUGACUUUAGUGCUGUCAAUGUUGUGAACAUGAUGAAAAGUGGCAAGGUUUGUAACUAAAAUAGAAUGACCUUAGCUUGCCACAUUUCAGAAUUUAAUUUACUUUUUUUUUAUUAUAUAGAAGAAAUAAAGAUAAAAGUGCUAUAAUGAAAAAUGAUUAGAUCACUAAGCUAUCACCAUCAUCAUAUGGUUGGGUAGAAAGACAAAAUUUGCUACCCCAUGCUUCUUUUAUAUGUUCAAGUUGUGUUAAUUUUUAAUUUGAUUUAGGUAAUAUACUUGUAUGAAUAUUAGUAUUCACGGUUGUAAAGUACAUACAAAUAGUGAAUGUAUGGCUUUUUAAAUAUA